UCUGUCUCUCUCAACAAAAAUGGCAAGCAACAAUCUUGCUGUGCUUAAUGCUUUAGACACUGCCCGUACACAAUAUUACCAUGUUACCGCCAUUGUCAUAGCGGGCAUGGGAUUUUUCACUGAUGCUUACGAUCUGUUUUGCAUUUCCACUAUCUCCAAGCUCUUGGGCCGCCUUUAUUACUAUGAUCCUUCCACUGGCAAACCCGGAAAGCUCCCUGUAAACGUCAACAACUUUGUUAUCGGAGUUGCCUUAGUUGGAACCCUCACUGGCCAGUUAGUCUUUGGUUGGCUUGGUGACAAACUAGGCCGAAAGAAAGUUUACGGUGUCACUCUCAUUCUCAUGGUUAUCUGUGCCAUCUGCUCCGGCCUAUCUUUCGGUGCCAGUGCAAAAUCAGUCAUGUUUACGCUUUGUUUUUUCAGGUUCUGGCUAGGGUUUGGCAUUGGUGGUGAUUAUCCCUUGUCUGCCACCAUCAUGUCUGAGUAUGCCAACAAGAAAACUCGAGGGGCUUUUGUCGCUGCGGUUUUUGCCAUGCAAGGUGUUGGGAUUAUCUUCGCCGGGCUAGUUUCCAUGACUCUUUCCAGAAUCUUCCUAGCGAAGUUCGAAGGGCCAGCAUUUCAUAUUGACCCUGUCCUCUCCACUGAACCCGAGGCCGAUUUCAUGUGGCGGAUCGUGUUGAUGCUCGGAGCUCUCCCAGCGCUCUUGACUUACUACUGGCGGAUGAAGAUGCCCGAAACAGGCCGAUACACUGCCCUCAUUGGAGGAAAUGCGAAACAAGCUGCAGCCGACAUGGGUAAGGUUCUUGAAAUCGAAAUCCAGGAUGAGCAGGACAAGGUGGUUCAGUUUAAGGCUAACAAUGACUACCCAUUAUUGUCUAGAGAGUUCUUUGACCGACAUGGGCUUCAUUUAAUAGGUACUGCGACUACAUGGUUCUUGUUAGACAUAUCUUUCUAUAGCCAAAACCUGGCUCAGAAGGACAUAUUUCCAACCUUGGGUCUCACAAGUAAAGCUACCGAUGUCAGUGCUGUCAGAGAAGUUUUCCAGACAUCAAAGGCCAUGUUCAUAGUAGCCUUGUUCGGGACAUUCCCUGGUUACUGGUUCACAGUGUUUUUCAUCGAAAGAAUUGGUCGGUUCUACAUUCAACUAAUUGGCUUCUUCAUGAUGUCCGUGUUCAUGCUUAUUUUGGGUCUCAAAUAUGAUUUCCUCAACACGGAGGAACACAAAUGGUACUUUGCGCUCCUCUAUGGGCUGACUUUUUUCUUUGCGAAUUUCGGUCCUAACAGCACGACAUUCGUGCUUCCAGCGGAGUUAUUCCCGACCCGUCUGAGAUCCACAUGUCAUGCCAUAAGUGCGGCCUCAGGGAAGGCUGGUGCAAUGAUCGGUGCAUUCGGGGUGCAGAGCUAUACAUUGAAUGGUGAGAGAUCGAAGAUUAAGGCAGCAAUGAUAUUUUUGGCAUUUACAAACAUGCUUGGAUUUUGUUGCACAUUUUUGGUGGCGGAGACGAAGGGGCGAUCAUUAGAGGAAAUAUCAGGUGAGGAUGGAGGGCAGGGCGGGAAUGAAACCCAGAUGACAGGAAGAUCGUCCACGACGGCUCAACAGGAGGAUACGUGGGAGGGAUAUAAUUGAUGGCUGUUUUAUUUGUUUGGCUUCGGAAGAAGAAUUUAUACCUCGGCAAGUCAAGCACCUGGGAUUAAUAAAAGAAACUAGUAAUUAAAAAAAAUGGAGAUAACAAUAAAAUGGGCAAGAAGACACAGGAUUAAGGUUGGUGUUUU